AUGAUACAUAUACACGACGCAACCGAUGUUGAGCACAUUGAUAUAACUCAUGCUGUGAAUGACAACCCAAAUAGCAACGACCCUUCGCCCUUUGAAGAAAGACACUUGGCCACGUACAAAAACGUCAUUUCAUUUAUAAAGCUAGCUGUCUAUCUGUAUAUCUCCACUAUUUCCAUCUCGUACACAUUUGACAUCUUCUUCAUCAUGCACGCGAGCAAUAUUGUAUGCUUCUGGAGCUUUGUCUGCUUUGUUGCAGCUCUGUUCUUCACUGUGUGCAUGUGGGAUGCAUACAUGGACAGAAAAAAGGAGAAAGCCAGAACACCCGAGUCCAGUGUGAUAACUGUGCUUAUUUCUCUUUUCCUGAUCAUUCCAGGCAUUGCUGUGGGCAACCCAUGGACAGCCUUCAUUAUAACAAACUGCCUAACGAGAUCAUUGGAGUAUCCUCUAGUGGCUGGUGGACAUCUGCUCUUUUAUCUGAUCUCCAGCGAGUACUGCAACAGCUCAUUUGGCACUUUUAUCAGCAUAAUACCCGGCAUAAUUUCAGUGGUUUCUCUGAUUGAGUACGAAUUCGACAUGUUCUACCAGAAAAAGAUAAGAAUAACAAAGCACAGAGUAUCUGCAACUGGGCUGGUGACUAUCUCUGCCCUGAUAUUUGUGCUAGUGGUGGCUGUCUUUGGCGCAGGCGAAGUAAAACAUCAAGCCACUGCAAGACUGCAAUGA